AUGUUCUAUGCGGUUUCGCGAGUCGCCCCACAUUUUCGAACGUAUCGUUCCCCCACAUUUUCCACGUUUCUGAAAGCGCUGGAAUCAACCCCACUUUCGCGUGUCCUAUUGCUGAUGCUUUCUUGUCGUUCUUUUCUUCGCAUUUCUCGCUGCUCCCCAAGCUAUGCAACGCGGUCGUUGUCUCUUGUUUCCCACGAUAAUUCCUCGGUAACGGUGGAUUUGGACGACCAAAAGCCUAUCCGAGUUUCGUUCAAGACGGCAUUCUUGAGAGAUUCCUGUAAUGCUCCAGAGUCUGUUGAUGUUGAUACAAGACAAAAGUCAUUUACCACGGCACAAGUGGCUUUGAAUCAUAAGCUUGCCGAGGACCCGACCAUUGUCGAUACUGAAAAUGGGAAUGCUCUUCAGAUCAAAUGGAAGCAAGCAGAUGGAUCAGUUCAUGUUUCCACCUACCCUGAAGCCUUUUUGAAAAAGCAUGCGAGUCUCCCAUCUCGUAUGAAGGGCAAAUUCUUUCCAGAGAGGCAGGUAUUUUGGACAAAUGAAGAAAUCGUUGAGGACCUCCACAACCUCCACGUGGAGUAUAAGGACUAUUUUGAAGGAGUUGACGACUUUAGGAAAGUUGUAAAUGGCCUAAAUAAAUAUGGAAUUUUUUUUGUCGAUAACAUGGAGGAUCCAUUGGACAAUCCGCAAACACAUCAUAUUACUCCCCAUAAUGAGUUGCUCUGGCCUGUGGCAAAGUUGGCCCAACGUUUUGGUUACAUCAAAAAAACUUUUUACGGCACGCUCUUUGAUGUGAAAAAUGAAAAGAAGGCAAAGAACAUUGCCAACACGAACGUGUUCUUACCUCUACAUAUGGACUUGUGCUACUAUGAGUCCCCUCCAGGGCUCCAACUUUUGCAUUUCAUCAAAAAUUCAACAUUGGGAGGAGAGAAUGUCUUCAGCGAUUCCUUCGCAGCCGUGAAACACAUUCGACAAAAUGAUAGAGUUGCAUAUGAAGCCUUGAAGAAAGUUCCAAUCACAUAUCAUUAUGAUAACAAUGGCGAGUACUACUACUAUUUGCGACCUUUGAUUGUGGAAGACCCUUACAUUCCAGACUUCACGACAGGCGAGGCCAGGAUUAAAGAAGUAAACUAUUCCCUCCUUUUCAAGGCAAUUUUGAGUUUGGGGUGA